AAUUGAAAGUUUAAUUAAAAUGGAGAAUUUAAAUGAAAAUGACACAGAAAAUGAUGGGACGGAAAGAAGAAAAAUAUCAAUACAAGAUUUGGAAUUAAUUGCACCAAACAAACAAAUUAUUAAACAAUUAAUUUUAUUAAAUUCUAUUGCUUUACCAAUCAAUUUUGGGGAUAUAAAUUCCUUGCAUUAUAAACAAGUACUUAAAAAUGAAUUGGUAAUUGAAGGGGUGGAAAAUGAAGAUGAUGAAGAUGAACUUAAGACAAAAUAUUGGACAAUAAUGGCUUAUUAUAAAAAUGCUUUAGUUGGUGCAAUUACUGUUUGUAUAGAAACAAUUUAUUCUCAAAAAGAAAAUAAUUCCAAAAAAUGUUUAUAUAUUCUUACAUUAGCUGUUAUUCCUUCUUUUCGCCGUCGUGGUGUAGCAAGUAUACUUGUUUUGGAUACAAUUAAUUAUUUCAAACACAAAUGGAAAAAUAUUAAACAAAUUGCCUUACAUUGCCAAUCAUGUAAUGAACCUGCCUUAGCUUUUUAUCAAAAACUUGGAUUUGUACAGACCGAAUUUAUUGCUAGUUAUUAUUUAAUUUGGAGAAUUGUAAAGCCUGAUGCGUAUAGACUUGAAUUUUUUUAUUUAAAAGAGGAAGAAGAAGAAGAAAAUAAAUGA